UGUUUCUUGGAAGAAUGAGAGGAGAGAGGAACUUCUUUUUAUGAGCAGCAAGGCUACUUGGAAACCAUCUAAGGCAAUAAGAGGGGGCAUACCUGUUUGUUUCCCGCAGUUUGGAAAUCUUGGCUCACUUGAACAACAUGGAUUCGCCAGAAACAGAUUAUGGUCCUUUGACAAUGAUCCCUCGCCUUUGCCUCCAGCUAACAGUCCAUCAACGGUGGAUUUGAUUUUGAGGUCUUCAGAGGAUGUUCUAAAGAUCUGGCCACGAAGCUUUGAGUUGCGUCUACGUAUUACUCUUAGUCCUGGCAAGCUGACGAUCAUUCCUCGCGUGAGAAAUACUGAUAACAAGCCCUUCUCCUUUAUGUUCGCGUUGCGUAACUACUUGUCUGUAUCAGAUAUAAGUGAAGUUCGUGUUGAGGGUUUGGAGACUCUUGAUUUCUUUGAUAAUCUGAUGCACAGAGAAAGAUAUACAGAGCAGGCAGAUGCAAUUACUUUUGAUGGCGAGAUUGACAGAGUGUAUUUAGAUACCCCGACAAAGAUUGCCAUUAUAGAUCACGAGAAAAAGAGAACCUUUGAAUUGAGGAAGGAAGGCAUGCCAGAUUCAGUUGUAUGGAACCCUUGGGAUAAGAAGGCCAAGGCUCUUUUGGAUUUGGGAGAUGAAGAUUACAAAACCAUGUUAUGUGUGGAUUCUGCUGCUAUUGAGACCUCUAUUAUC